AUGGUUCGCCUCAAGAGCAAGGUCAGGGUUGAGCAUCUCACGUCGACGACAGGUAGUAGCACCCCGCCACCGCUCGCUGUAUACCAACAAGCCCUGCAGCAACUCGAAAGAGAUUUCUCCGUUUAUAAUCAUGCGGUUGGCAACCCGUUCCUUGAUUUCCCUCGCCAGCCGGCGUUGCAAUGGCAGGUCCUCAUAUGUGGAGGACGCAAGAAUGGCCAGGAAGAGGAAGGGUUUCUUCUGACGAAGAUCACUGGGUCCCAUAUGCGGUGGUAUUACUACGAAUGGGAAAUGUAUGGCCAUCCGGCUCUUGAAAACUUCCAAGAAGUAGUCGGCUGUUUCCAUGCUCAGGAUCCCUUGAUCAACGACAUCCCCCAGAGCGGUGAGAUCGCCGGAUUCGUCAGAGGAAGCAAAGCGGGAUGUCUCUGA